AUGUUGCUGACACCUGUGAAACUGAUGAGUCAGAGUCACGCCGCCUGUGGAGACGCGUUUCCACAGGCGGCGUCUCCACGCGUUUCCACUCCCACAGACACAGGUAGACCUCAACUGGCCACCUCCCACUCCCAGGUGAGUCGACAGCCAUCACAAAUCCAGAAGGGAGACGAAGCUUUUCAGAUCUUGACUCUUCUCCGACUGCAAAAACCAGGCAGGAUGGAGGCGUGCAUGAUCAAACCAGAAGUAAAAAAGAAGCCAAAGCCGCCUAAACUUCUCCCAAAGCCUACAGAGAUUAAAAGAAAUGAUCCGGAGAAAUGGGAGAAGCCAACUCCUCUGGUACCUGAACGACCUACUGACGCUGAACUGAUUCAGACACAAUAUCGGAUGAAAAGAGCCACAGAUGAGGCUAAUGGGAACAUGACACAAACUCCUGUGGUUCCACCCAGACCCACAGAAAAGGAACUUAAAGCCACAACCAGAUACAGCCAACACAGAAGGAUCCAAUCGGAAGUUCCCAAUGAUGACGCAGACUUUAAACAGAGUGAUGUCAAGACUGGAAUGUUUCGUCGGAGCCAGAAAGAGACAACUCCUUCGUUCACUAGUUACGUGAGCCAUAACAAAGAGCACCAAACGGACGAUGUCCCGGCCAGACUGACUUCUGGCAUUAAACCGGGCGGUCUGAAAGGAGUAAUGAAAGGGUUGCAAAUCAAGUCGUCACCGAAGGCCAGCAGAGAGCCGAGUCCAGAUCCCAGCAAGGAGGAAGCCAGCUCAGAAAAGGAACGAUCCUCAGAAAAAAACAAGCAGGAAAAGAAUGCAGAACCCAAACAGGAUAUCGGAGGUCUGAUUGCUGGAAUGUUCCGGAAAACACCCAAAGAGAAAUCGUCUCCUGCUGUGACGUUCAGCAAGGCAGACAGCGAUUCUGAAGAUGCAGCAGAAUCAGAAGAUGAGGAAAAGGGAAGCUUCUUCUCUGGCAUCCUUAAAAAAUCCAAUAAAACAACAGAUGAGACGCCUGCACAGGACAGUCUCAGUGUUCAUGGUGAGCUGUCUGCCAGCAACGACAGUCUGUCUGAAAACAGCAACAAGAAGGAAAAAGGAGGAAUAUUCAGCAGCAUGUUUAAGAAGAAAUCAACAGAAGCUGCUCAAACUGACAAGGACCAACUGUCUCUACAUGACGAUCUGUCAGACAGUAGUGAUGGUCUAUCCGAAAACUCAAAGGAGAAAGGAGGAUUCUUCAGCGGGAUGCUCCGAAAGUCUCCCAAGAUCCCUGCAGAGGGAACACCCGAUCAGGAUAAACAGUCGCCGCAAACGGAGCCGAUCGACAGUAAUGAGACUCUGUCUGAGAACAACACCACUAAACAGGAGAAAGGAGGCGUUUUCGGUGGAAGGUUCAAGAAAUCUCCCAAACUGUCUGAGGCCCCCCGACUGGAGGAGGAAACACAGUCACAAGACGAUGAACUCUCAGGCAGCAGUGAAGCUCUCAACACCAAGGAAAAAGGAGGAAUAUUUAGUGGAAUGUUCAAGAAAACUCCCAAACCUGCAGAAGCUGCCCAACCUGAAGAGGACGAUUCUCCCGACAGCGAUCUUUCAACCAGCACUGAGAAUUUAUCUGAGAACAAACAGGAGAAAGGCGGGGGGUUGUUCAGUGGACUCCUCAAAAAGACUCCCAAAUCGUCUAAAGAAAGGGUGGCGUCACCGGAACGAGAAGUUCAGAGAGAGCUGUCAGCCAGCAACGACGAUCUGGCUGAGAACAACAACACCACGAAGGAGAAAAAUAUUUUUAGCAACAUGUUUAAGAAGCCGCAGAAACCAGCAGAGGACACCGCAGCAGACAAGGAGCUGGAUGUGAACACAGAAAAACGUUUAUCUGGUAGCUGUGAGACUCUGUCGGACACAACCGUCCCAAAGGAGAAAAAAGGUGGCCUGGCGGGUAUCUUCAAAAGAUCAGCCAGCAUUGACGACCUGUUUGACGAGGAGAAAGGCGGUCUUUUCAGUGGACUCAUUAAGAAAACACCCAAAGCAUCUGGAGACGAGGCCGCCGCAGAGGACAAAGACGACCAGAAGGAGCUGUCAGCAAGUAAUGACAAUCUGUUUGAAAACAGCAACACAAAGGAGAAAAGUAUUUUCAGUGGCAUGUUUAAAAAGACUCAUAAACCAGCAGAGGGGACUACAACAGAGGAGGAGUCAAAUGAUGAUAAGAAGUUAUCGGCCAGUCGUGAAAAUCUAUUCGAAGAACACACGCCAAAGGAGAAGACUGGAGGACUUGCAGGGAUCUUCAAAAAGUCUCCUAAACCAGCUCAUCGCUUGAUCGCUGCUAAGGAUCCUCUCAAUGACAGAAAGGAGUUGUCUGCCAGCUGCGACAGCCUCGCAGAAAGUGCAGAGGAUAUUCCUUCAGCACUUGUUGAAAUGUCAACGAGUAACGACAAUCUCUCUGAAGCUACAAGCACCCCAAAAGAGAAGAAAGUAGGGUUUGGUAAUAUGUUCAAGAAGACGCCCAAAACACAACAACAGGACGAUGAGGACAUGGAGGAACCAAAAGGAGGCGGGCUGAGACGCAGGAAAACCAUCAAGAAGAAAAAACGAGUUGUGUCAUUCAGAAUCAAGAAGACUCUUCCCAAAAUAUCCAAACUUAGUCUAGCUUCACAGAGUUCAGAAAUGAUGCCUAUUAUUGAGGAGACUUUUGAGCUGCAGGACCUGAACCCAGCACAGGAGAGCCAAGUGGAGGUCCAGCCUGUUGAGAUGGCAGCUUAUCCUACUGAGGGGAACCGUCUCGGAAUUGAGCAUGACAUUGAUGAUGAUUUGAUGGAGUGGUGGAACACAGUCAAAGGUUGGGCAGAGUGGAACGAGACAUCAGAUUUCCAGGAGGGUGAUGAGCACAUGGCGAUGGAGCAGGCAGCAGAUCGUGUCUACAUGGCAGCCCGUCUGUUCGUGCGUCUUUUCAACCGGCGUGGGGCGUCCUUGCAGCAUCGCAUCCUUGAGCUUAUGGCUCUGGCCGACGCUGCGGACGAAUUCCACAAAAAAACGUUGCAAGCUGCCGUGGGUGGAGGGGUGGCCAGUGUGUGUGGCAGCGUGGCAACAAUCACAGGGCUCAUUCUGGCGCCUUUCACUUUUGGCGCCUCUAUUAUUGUCACGGCGGUGGGGAUCGGUGUGGCGACGGCGGGCAGCAUCACUUCAGCAACGGCCAAUAUCACCGAUACGGUUCACUCCAACAUGGACCGUAAGAAGCUGGAGAAGAUGAUCCAGGACUACCAGGAGGACAUCAAAGACAUCAGGGAGUGUUUGGAGUUUGUGCAGGCAGGUAUGGACACCCUGGAGGAGUGGGACUUUGAGAAAUACUCAGAGAGCGCCGCCAAGAAGGCCAUGAACCACAACCUCAAGCAUGUGAUGAAGGAGGGCGGCCGUGCCGGAAAAGCCCUGAUGAUCAACACAGAUAAGCUCAUCAGCACUGUGCAGAUUUUAGGCGCUGCAGGCGGCGCCGCCAAAGCUGCCCAGGCCAUCAGCGUCACCACAGGGGUCAUGUCGGCGCUCUUCCUGGCUCUGGAUAUUUUCUUCCUCGCCAAAGACUCCCACAAUCUCCGCAAGGGCGCCAAAACGAAGUUCGCCACCAAGAUCAGGGACGUAUGUAAAGAACUUCAAGACGGCCUCCUGGAGCUGAACAAGGUGAAGACGCAGCUGCAGAAGACCAUGGACGGCAUCGAGGUGGAGGAGUACGAGGAGAUUAAGGAGGUGGAGGAGGAAGUUGAUGACGAAUAUGAGUCGGAUCCGAAGAAGCUGGCUAAACUGGAUCAAGAGCUGGACCUCCUGGAGGAGAAACUGGACAAGAAGGUUGAGGAGGAGCUGAAGAAGAGUAAAGAGAUGGAGAAGGAAAUGUUGACGAGUAAGAAUUUGAAGGAAAAAGGAGAGCCAGAGGAAAAGAAGGACAAAGAGGAGAUGGAGGAUACUAAGACAGAGGGAAAGAAGGAAAGUAAGAAGGCCAAAAGUGAAUCAGAAAGCAAGAUUCCUGGUGAAGAAAAAGAGCAGAAAGAUGAGACUGUCAAAGCAGCCAAAGAGGAAGUUUUAAGAGACCAACCUCAGAAAGGAAAGAAGGACAAAGAAGCUGAGAACCAAAUUACAGCUGGAAAAGAAAAGCAUGAGAGCAAGCGAGACCAGGCAAAAGAAGACAAUGGUACAAAUCUGCCAGUGGCAGAAAGUGUGAGUACGACGAGGCACAGCAGCAGGAGCGACAAAGCUCGACUCCCCAGGAGUGAGCAAGGGAGGAAACAUGAAACCGAUAAGGAAAGAGACAGAAAGCUAAGCGACAGGACGCAGAGCUCGAGGAGGACAGAGGAGGAGGCUGGAGUGAAGGAUUGGAGAGCUGAGAUGGCGAAAGGUAGAGAGGAGAAGAAAGAAGGAAGAGACGCAGAGAGAUGGACGAAAAGGGAAGAUCAUGGAAAAAGCGACGAGAGGAAGAAGUCUCAUCGAAGUCAAGAGACGGCGACGAAGAGGGAGGAGCACUCGGAAAGGCAGUGGGGGAGCAGACGGGAGGAAUCUGACUCCCAGAGGAGUCACCACAGGAGCGGAACGGCUCCGCAUGAUGAACACAGACAGAGGGCAGAGGAGAAACGAGGGAGCGGGAUUGAGAGCGCGAGGAGGAAGUUUGAGAGAGCAGAAGGUGAGGAGGAGGUAGAGAGGAGAGGAAGUAACAGAGACAGAGAGCACGGCCAACGAAGAUCUCGACGUAGCUCGAAGGCGCUGCUGGAAGACGGUCUCAAUAUUUAGUUUGAAAGAAGUUAUUAUACACAUCAUCACAUUAAAUGUUAGGUUUGGACAGAAACUGACAAUGAAUUGUUUUAAGUCAAAGUGUCUGCUGGGAAAAAGGUCAGUGAAUCUGAUUGACAUGCUGGCUCUCCAUCAAGAUUCAGGUUUUUAUGAUUUACUCAGAACUAAAUGUAAAGUAGAAGGUGAAGCAGGAGAACUUUGUGUCAGUUGUGUGUAAAAAGCGUAGCUAAGUUUAGACCGUAGUCUUCUCAACUAAUGAGAAACGUAGAUAAUUAUAUUCAAAUGCAAUCAUUGGAUUGCUUUCAACUUCUUCAGGGGAGUAUGACAGAAACAGGUAAGGGACUGCUCGGCUAAUUCAUGCUGAAUUCGAACAUGCACACACGCACUGUACAUGUGGGCAUGUUAAUUAUAAUAUAUGUAAAUGUUAUUGCCUGCGUUGAGGUAGAAGAAUUAGAAACCAAUCCUUUUUUUAAUCGUGAGUGAAAACGGUUCCAGGUUCACUGCUCCUUGCUGAAAAGCUUAUUCAUCAAAAGUUUAGGGUUUAGGUUGAAGAGAAUAAAUUAUGUGACGAAGAUCUCUUUUUAAAUAAAGUUUUUUGUUUUGUUGAAAACUGCAACAAAAUUUGCAGGGGGCGAUAAGCUGCAUUUAUCGACUUCUGCGUCAGUGUCUUUUUGGAUACGACCACUACAAUCUUAAUAUUUUACAUAUAUACAUGCAUUAGGAGUUUCAAAAUCUGUCUGUCUUUUUUGCUGCUGAAAGCUGAAGCUCUAAUUGUCUUUAGUAUCUUUUCUUUUCACAUCUGUGAAGCAGAUUUCCUGCUAAAUCUGACCUCGAUGCAAAUGAUGUCAAUUACAGUGCAGAGGCUGCUGCUAUUUUGUUAAUGACUCUUUUUGAUGUUGUGGUGAACCUAAAACAUUAUAUUGGUCUCUGUUACUUUCUAUAGUUCUGGUGCUUCAGGGUUAAAAUAGACACUUUUUUAUAUUAUAUAUAUAUCUCUAUGGUGCUUGUUUCUUGUUGAACAAAUAAAUUAUUUACUGAAAUGUGA